GCAGGAGUUCCUACGGACCGAUGAUUCGGGCCUCAUAUUUAAUCCCGCUGAUUACAGGAUUUCUAUGAUGCAGAGUGGAGCUUGAUCGUACACGCACGAUCCCCGUCGAACUGGGAGAUCGACUAGGACAUACAACGCAGACUUAUGCAAAACUGGGCGUCUUGCAAUCAUUCGAGGUACUACAUCGAAUGCUAGCCCGUGAUAAUUCUCACUACCCCGAUAAGACAACAAUUUACCGAUAGUAUGAGCAAGAUUGCAGCAACCUUCACGCCUCCAACCACACAAAAAGCCGUCGUUGUCAACGACAAGGACGAAGUUGUGAUUUGGGAUGUGGCGCCGUGUCCCAAAAUUCCGGCAGACCAGGUCAUGGUGCGGGUUGAGGCUGUCGGUCUCAACCCGAGCGACACCAAGAUGAGGGGUCCCUUUGCGACGAAAUUUGGCAUCUUGGGUGCUGACUUCGCUGGCACCGUGGUUGCCACGGGCCAAGACGUCGAUCAUAUCGCAGUGGGAGACAGAGUCUUUGGUGCCCAGAACGAGAUGUUCAGGACCACGCCGGAACGCGGUGCUUUCUGCGAGUACGCUGUGACCCGAGGCAAGAUGUGGGCAAAGAUUCCAGACUCUUGGAGCACCGAGGCCGCUGCUUCUCUGCCCGUGGGCGUGAGUACCGCCGGUAUAGCGAUGAAGCUGCUCGGGUUGCCGUUGCCAGGCCAGAAACUCGCGAAGCCCUCUCAUGUCCUGGUCUACGGUGCCAGCACAGCGACAGCGACGAUUGCGAUGCAAAUGCUGAACCUCUCCGGUCUCAUCCCCAUCGCCGUCUGCUCACUCAGGAAUUUUGACUUGGCCAGAAAGAAUUUCGCUAAAGAGGUUUUUGAUCGGCACGACAAGGACCUCGCGCAAAAGAUUAAAACAUGUACCAAGGGCAAUCUGAAGUAUGCUUUAGACUGCAUUACGACCGUAGAGUCCACCGCACUUUGCUAUGCCGCUAUCGGUCGUGGCGGAGGCAAAUAUGUGUCUCUCGACCCGUGGCAAGAGCACGUUGCGUCUCGGAGGGUGGUGACCGCCGAUUUUACAGUCGGACCCCGAAUUUUCGGGGAGGGUUGCACCUGGCCCGCGCCGUAUAAAAGCGACCCAUCGGAGGAAAUGCGUACUUUUGGCAUAUCUGUGUGGGAAUCUGUCGAGAAGUUGGUCCAGGAGGAUAAGCUACAACAUCACCCGUUACGUGUACUGGAUGGCGGUUUCGAGGCCAUCUUGGCUGGGAUGGACAUGGUAAGGAACAAGGUCCUCUCAGGCGAGAAGGUUGUUGUACGAAUGAACGCUUGAACGUAAAAGUUCUUAGCUCGAAAACGAUGGCAAUGUAUGCUUCUUCUGUUGUCUUCCGUACAGCUCACAAAAAUUCAUCCCAAGAUUUCUG